AAUAUAUUUCUACAGUGUUUCGGCACGGAGCUGUGUUUGAUUUGCGAGUUAUUUUGUUUUUUGUGUGAUUAGUGAUAGUGAAACCCGCGCUCGAUUUUGCGGCGCUGAGCCUUGGAGAAUUCUCUCUAGUCCACAAUAAUCAACACAGCGGAUACCACAAUGCCGGAACUGACUGAACUCGACAAGGCCACCGCGUCCAUGACCGAGAAGAGGAAGGAGGAGACCGCGUCCUCGGACAGCGACUCCGAUGACACCAUCCCCGAGCUGGAGGAUGCCGGAGCCCCAGGCACCGGCGGGAUCUCAAACCCGAUCGCCGGCAUCGACAUCGUGUCGAAGGCCAAGCAAUCCCGCGGCGAGAAGAAGGCGCGCAAAAUCAUGAGCAAACUAGGACUCAAGCCCGUGCAAGGCGUCAACAGGGUAACCAUCAGGAAAUCAAAGAACAUUCUGUUCGUGAUCAACUCACCGGACGUAUACAAGAACCCUCACUCGGACACAUACAUCGUGUUCGGGGAGGCCAAGAUUGAGGAUCUGUCGCAGCAGGCCACCAUGGCUGCCGCUGAGCGUUUCAAGGCUCCGGAGAGCACAACUACUGGUGGUGAUGCUACCGCUGCUGGAACGACCGUGGCACCUAUCGCCGAGGAGGAGGACUCGGAAGGCGCCGAAGAAGCCGGCGCCGGCGUCGACGAAAAGGAUGUGGAGAUCGUCAUGUCGCAGGCCAACGUGUCGCGCGCGCGCGCCGUCCGAGCCCUGCGCAACAACCACUCCGACAUCGUCAACGCCAUCAUGGAGCUGACGAUGUAACCGCGUAGUCACAAGUUCUAGCUUUAAGUCGGGGCCGGAGCCCCUCUCAGCGUGCGGCGACGGAUUGUAUAUAGCAUUAUUUACUUCCAAAUAAAAUAACAGUUAAUUGUACACAA